AACGUCAGGUCGAAUUACCGGAAGAAACAAGUAGGGACACGAUGAUGCUCCACUAACAACACAGACCUGCACAGCUACUCAGAGGAUUUAGACCCACAUAAAAGAUACGUCGUCAACAUUUAGCUAAGGGACAGCACCUUGUUUAAGCAGGAUUGGAGACUUGGCUAGAUAGCUAUUUAUUCGUGUGUCAUGUCCCUCUGUAAUAGUCUAUAUAUAAUCGUUUUGAUACAGCUGUCAAACUAGCUCACAAACGGGUUGGGCAGCUAGGCAAUUGCUUGCUAGCCUGAUAAACACGAAUCGGUAAAAGCCUGGGUUGUACUGAAAUGGUAGACAAGCUAAUUUGUUGAAAUUCAACGACAUGUGUAAACGUAUUAAUAAUGCAAGAAGGCAUAGCCAUAGGCUUGACCUAGACCUGGAAAGAGUUGCACACGUUUGAUGAGGCUGUCAAAGACUUACUUAACUUAGCGGGGCGAACUGCGCUGUGGACUUGGGAUAUCAAUGAAAAGUGUAAAAGCAUAGCAAACCCUAACCGUCGACAUGCCUUUGCUGUUCUUGGAGAGAGUCCCUUGGCCCAGUCUACAGACGUACACAGCUCUGAGUGCUGUCUUGCUGGCCGCGACAGUCCUGAGUGCUUACAAUACUGUCACGGAAUCUGGAGAGUUAGUCCGCUAUGUCACAGAGGAAUCCCAUACCAAUCCUGAAGACGAGGAGUACGACCUCUUCACCAGCUACGGUGAUGUAGCCAGUGAUAUCCUCUUGUACAUGACCACUGACAGUGCUUUUGUUUGGGUGGUGGUGAAUACAGCCUGUUGCAUCCUAAUGCUGAUUGCAAAGGCGAUCCAGUGCAUUGUGUUUGGGCCUCUGCGUGUCAGUGAAAAACAGCACCUGAAGGAAAAGUUCUGGAACUUUAUCUUCUACAAGUUCAUCUUCAUCUUCGGGGUCCUGAAUGUGCACACGUUGGAGGAGGUGUUGAUGUGGUCUCUGUGGUUUGCUGUCCUGGUCUUCCUCCACCUGGUUGUGCAGCUCUGCAAGGACCGCUUUGAAUACUUGUCGUUCUCUCCCAGCACCCCGCUGAGCAGCCAUGCGAGGGUGCUGGUGCUGCUGGUGGGACUGAUGCUGGCGUGUCUGGGCCUAGCGCUGCUCUGCGGGGUGCUGGGACGCGGCCAGGGGAUCCACACAGUCGCCUUCAUGGCUGCUGAGUGCAUGCUGGUUACCGUGAGGACCACUCAUGUUAUCAUCCGGUACUCCAUCCACCUGUGGGACCUGAACCACGAGGGGAUCUGGGAGAACAAGGGCUCCUACGUCUACUACACGGACUUCUUCAUGGAGCUGUCCCUCCUGGGCCUGGACCUCGUACACCACAUCCACAUGCUGCUCGUGGGGAAUAUCUGGCUGUCCAUGGCCAGCCUGGUGAUCUUCAUGCAGCUACGCUACCUGUUCCACGAGGUGCAGAAGAGAAUACGACGCCACAAGAACUACCUGCGUGUCAUCGACAACAUGGAGGCCAGGUUUGCUGUGGCCACUCCAGACGAGCUGGCGACCAACGACGAUGACUGCGCGAUCUGCUGGGACGCCAUGGCGACAGCCCGCAGACUCCCCUGCGGACACCUCUUCCACAACUCCUGCCUGCGCUCGUGGCUGGAACAGGACACCUCGUGCCCUACCUGCCGCAUGUCCCUGGACGCCCGCGAGGGGGCCGGGGAGAGGGGGGCCAGGCAGGGGGGCCCCCGCGAGGACGGCCUGGGCCCUGAGGCCGAGGCCCGGCCCCACAUCAACCAGCACAACCACUUCUUCCACUUCGAUGGUUCUCGUAUUGCCAGCUGGCUGCCGAGCUUCUCGGUGGAAGUAAGUCACACGGCCGGCCUGCGGGGCAGCUUUCAGACCAGCCACGCCCAGCUCAGCUCCAUGGCCCGUCAGAUCCAGGGCAUGUUCCCCCAGGUGCCGCUCCAGCUGGUGCUGCAGGACCUGCAGAGGACCAGCUCUCUGGAGGUCACCACUGACAACAUCCUAGAGGGGCGCAUCCAGGUGCCCCUCCACACACAGCUCGCAGAGGGCCAAGCCAGACGUGUGGGCCCCGGCCCGGAAGACGGCCGGGCCCGCCCCGGCUCGGAGGACGGCAGGGCCCGCCCCGGCCAGGAGGACGGCAGGGCCCGCCCCGGCCAGGAGGACGGCAGGGCCCGCCCCGGCCAGGAGGACGGCAGGGCCCGCCCCGGCCCGGAGGACGGCCGGGCCCGCCCCGGCCCGGAGGACGGCAGGGCCCGCCCCGGCCCGGAGGACGGCAGGGCCCGCCCCGGCCCGGAGGACGGCAGGGCCCGCCCCGGCCCGGAGGACGGCAGGGCCCGCCCCGGCCCGGAGGACGGCAGGGCCCGCCCCGGCCCGGAGGACACAGCCCCGGAGCUCCAGGAGGUCAGGGGUUGUGGCUUCUCCCAGUCGACCGAGGAGAGGCAGAAGAUGCUGCUUCAGAGGAAGGAUGAGCUGCUGCUGCACGCUCGCAGGAGGUAUCAGAGCAGGAGUAGCGGGGACUCUGCCAGUGUUGUCACCAACGGCAACAAUAUGGAGGAGGCUGAUGAAGGGCCGUCCUCAGUGUCAGACUCUGUGACACUGCGGCGCAGGAAGCUAGCCGCGGCGGCAGAGCGCCGUCUGCAGGGGCGCUCGUACAUCUGACCAGCGAGGACAGACGGGGAAACACUGUGACUCACUGGUACCAACACCAUCCACCUGGUGUCUACUGGUACCAACACCAUCCACCUGGUGUCUACUGGUACUAACACCAUCCACCUGGUGUCUACUGGUACUAACACCAUCCACCUGGUGUCUACUGGUACCAACACCGUCCACCUGGUGUCUACUGGUACUAACACCAUCCACCUGGUGUCUACUGGUACCAACACCGUCCACCUGGUCUAUAUGUGGUUGAGUUAGGACUUCACCCAAAUGUUUCUGUAAACGGUCUCUUAAAUUUUCUACAACAGAGAAGGAUGCCGUGUCACUAUACACUGUCUGCUCUGUCUGAGCUGUACUGUACUGGCCAUCAUGUCUACAGAUGAAACAAGAAAUAUUACCUCAUUGUAGUGUAGCCUUGAAUACCAGGCUCAUAGCAUGUCAUUUUGUUUUAAACACAGUUACAGCUAUGCAGGGUUUCUGCCCUCAGUAUUUUCAGUUACUACCUUCCCCUUUCUUCUGCGUAGUGAUAAACAUGCACACAGGCAGGCACUAGUUGUAGCAGGAUACAAGUAUGCGUUGUAAAAUAACAGGUCUAAAGAGUUUUGUUUUGUUUGAUGAUUCUGUUUGUUAAUUUGUGUGUUAAACAUAUCUUAAUGUUGCCAGGGUUAGGAUUAGAUCUGGGGGCAGCUUGAAAUUAAUUUAUUUUAAAGCUAUAAAAAAGCAAAUUGAAUAUAUAUACAUUGCUGUAUUUAAUGAAAAAUCACUUUCCAGUGAGUGCUGUAUGGGCCAAAUCCUUUUGGGGUGAACAUGAAGCUAACAGAUGUGUUCUGUCGUAUUACAUGUUGCAGCAUCGCUUCUGAUUUAGGCCUACUUCAGUUUCACUGACUUUAAUUCCAAUUGAUGCUUAAUCUGUGCAGUACAGUCAUGAAAAGGUCAUAUUGGCUUGACAACUCAAACUAUAGCUUGGACUGUAACUGCUGUUUGCAGUGGCCUACAGCUAUCUAUCCCUGCCUCAGUUUUUACCUAGCCUGAUAAUUAUGAAAUGGCAUUUAGUUUUGAGCGUGCUGUAUUUGAUCUGGUUGGGUACUGGAUCCCAGAGGACACUUGGGGGUCCGUGAUGAUUACAUCCCCUGUGUUUCCAGUGACCGGUCUGCACAAAUCAAGAUAAACAACACAUUAGUGUUUGUAAAGGCCAGUGGCAUAGCUUUUAUACCUGCCCAGGACACUGUGCUGUAUUCCUGUAUUACAUGUGCACCUUGAGACAGUAUUUCUCUGUACAUCACAUUGGACCUAAGAGAGGCUGCUUAAUUCAGCAAAUAAAUUCCAUAAUGUCAGUGAGUAGAAUGCAGUUUACUGAAUUUCUGUGUGCAUCAAAUUGUAACAGUCAAGAACAGUGUUUUUGUAUAUACUUUUGUAAUGACUAUCAUAGAUGUAGAAGACGCUGUACAAAUAAAAUUAAGAUCUUCAUGCA